AUGUCUUAUCUAUCCUGGCCUCUACAACCUCAUUCACCCUACAACGAAAUUAUUCUCGAUUCAAUGCACGAAGGAAAUUUAACUCAACUAGUAUCAGAACCAACAAGAAUUCGUCAAAAUCAAAGUCCCUCACAAACUGAUCUAAUUUUUGCAAAUGACCCCGAUCUGCUUACUAAAAUAGAAUACCUCCCCCCUUUUGGCAAAUCGGACCAUCUUGUUAUAUCGUCAAACGUUCAAAUUUAUGUUAACCCAACAAAGAAGUUGGUCAAAAAAAUUAAACACACAAACUAUGGAAACGUUAGACGGGAUCUUGCCAAUUUUAACUGGAUUUCAAUGUUUCAAACUUCAAACGCUUGCGAAAUGUGGGAAGUAUUUCAGUCUAAACUAUCGGCCUCUGUCAACAACCAUACAUAUGUUAAAGAAGUUAAACUAAUUCCUAACAAACCAUGGAUUGACAAUCGUCUAGUUCAGUUAAUCAAACAUAAACGUCAACUUUGGACUUGUUAUAAAAACAGUUCGUCAGAAGAUAGGUAUCGUGAACAUAGAAUAUUCUCAAAUCAUGUCACUACAGAAUUGAAAAAAGCAAGGCAACUCUUCGAAAACAACUUAACAGAGACGGAGUCUCCGAAAAAGUUUUACAAAUAUAUUAGAUCAAUGCUUUCAACAAAAGUGGGAAUUCCUUUACUACGAAAACCUGACGGUUCACUUUGUACAUCUAACCAACAAACGGCCGAUCUUCUUGCUGAUGAAUUUCACCACAACUAUAGUAAAAAAACGUUUGGCCCCUUUAUUCAAUCAUCUAUACACCACAAAAACUUUUUGUCAACCAUAUCUAUUACCGAAGAAAACAUAAAAGCAACUCUAGAGGAAAUAGCUAGAAGGAAAAGUGCCCCAGGGCCCGACAAUAUCACAUGCCAACUGAUUGCAGCAUGUUUAGACGAAAUUAUAUACCCUAUAUAUUUAAUCGCCAAAUCCUCUUUUGAAGAAAGUAUUUUACCCCCUCAGUGGUUAACUGCAAAUGUAACACCUAUCUCCAAGAAAGGCGAUAAACUUUUAGAAAGCUUUCGAUCGAGUUCCCAGGGAGAGGUUACUAUUCAAGCUACACUGUGCCGAGUAUUCCAGAUUUGGAACAAUCUUCCCGAACAAGUCAUCAACGCGCAGUCUACUAACAUUUUUAAGAACCGAUACGACCAACACGCAAAUUUACACUUAUGA